AUGAGUGUUCGAGCACAGCACAUCGUGGGCAUCCACUAUGCGGUGGGGCCCAAGAUAGGAGAGGGUUCAUUUGGAGUGAUAUUCGAGGGUGAAAACGUUUUGGGACAAGAUUCUGGGCCGGUUGCUAUCAAGUUCGAGCCACGACGUGCAGAUGCUCCGCAGCUCAGAGACGAGUUUCGUGCGUACAAAAUUUUGGCUGGCUUGCAGGGCAUCCCACGAGCAUACUAUUUUGGACAAGAAGGAAUGCACAACGUUUUGGUAAUUGAUUUACUGGGACCGUCGUUGGAAGACUUGUUUGAAUGGUGCGGAAGACGUUUUUCUGCGAAAACAACGUGUUUGCUGGCAAAACAAAUGAUCAGACGUGUACAAUCGAUCCAUGAGCGUGAUUUGAUCUACAGAGACAUCAAACCCGAUAAUUUUCUCAUUUCGCAGUACCAGCGCGAACUUGCUAACGGUCAGGUGGUGAGAAGUUGCGCAACCUCUGCCCAUGGAGACCCCAACCUGGUUUAUGUCGUGGAUUUCGGUAUGGCCAAGCAGUAUCGGGACCCGAGAACUAAACAACACAUCCCCUAUAAGGAACGCAAAUCACUCAGUGGGACUGCCCGUUAUAUGUCCAUAAACACGCAUUUUGGCCGAGAACAGUCUCGUCGUGAUGACCUGGAGUCUCUGGGGCACGUUUUCUUCUAUUUUAUGCGCGGGUUUUUGCCCUGGCAAGGUCUCAAAGUUGCCAACACGAAACUAAAAUACGAAAAAAUCGGACUCACCAAACAGAAAGUGCGACCAGAAGAUCUGCUGGAACGCGAUAUCCCGCAUCAGUUUGCUACAUUCUUGACAUAUUGUCGGUCACUUCGGUUCGAGCAAGAACCGGACUACGACUACCUAAUUUCACUGAUGACAGAUGCGAUGCAAGAAAAUGGCUACGAAGACGAUGAGCAUUACGACUGGUUAGACCUUAACAAUGGUCAGUCCUGGAAUAUUGGCGUCAAUAGAAGAGCAAACCUUCAUGGCUACGGCAACCCAACUCCCAAAACCUCACAAGCGGCACGGAAAUCAGCAGUCCCACAAGCACGUCGCGACUCAUACUCAAAGGCACAGCGGCUUCGCAACCAGAUGACCAGUCAGGCAGCGUUGCGAGAUAAAGGUGGUAAUGUGAUGCAAUCUUAUGACUCCAUGGGCCGACGCAAUGAGAACUUUUCAGAUCGCCAGCAAAACGAAGCCGAUUCUCUUGAAGGCCAGAGCUGUUUCAAGAGACUCUGUUGCUGGUGUGAUUGA